AUGAAAGCCAGUCUACUUUCUGCCGUCUCUUCUUUUACCCUGGCUUUGGCCACGGGUUCAACCAAGCUGCUUCCAUGGUCACCACCGGGGCACGGCGAUGUGCGAGGUCCUUGCCCAAUGCUGAAUACCCUUGCAAACCACGGACUUUUACCACACAACGGCAAAGAUAUUUCUGAAGAAGUCAUCAUCGAGGUACUGAACAGCACGUUGAAUGUUGCAGACAGCCUCUCCGUUUUUCUGUUUGAAGAGGCCAUGACAACAGUUGAAGACCCCAACGCAACUACCUUCUCUCUGAGCGACCUUAAUCGCCAUAAUAUCCUAGAGCAUGAUGCCAGUCUGAGUCGCCAGGACACCUACUUCGGAAAUAACCAUGAGUUCAACCAGACAAUAUUCGACCAGACAAAGUCGUACUGGACAACGCCUCUGAUCGAUAUUUAUGAAGCAGCCGAGGCACACGAAGCCCGGCUGAACACUUCGAAGGCCACCAACCCUGACUUCAGCCUCUCGGACACUGGGAUAGCAUUCAGUUUCGGAGAGUCUGCCGCCUACAUGCUCGCAUUUGAAGAAGAUGGUUUCGGAUAUGCCAACAGAUCUUGGGUCGAAUACUUUUUUGAAAACGAGCGCCUGCCCCAAGAGCUUGGAUGGACUAAGCGACCUUUUGUUACCACAACCGAUAUCCUGGUCAACAUGACACAGUGGAUUGUGAAUUCCACUGUUGGUGUCACACCAGAGGAGCUUGCUAAGCUGCAAGGCUUCCUUAACUCUGCUGAAGGCUUGAGUUAG